AUGGCUUUAGAUUUUGUGGCGACCUACAAAGUUUUAGUUUUGGGCGAUUCCAAUGUUGGCAAGACAUGCAUUGUCCACAGAUACUGCGAUGAAAAGUAUUACGACACAUACAUCUCUACAAUUGGUAUCGAUUUCAAACAAAAACUCAUUAAUCUCGAUGGCGUACCGAUAAAAUUACAAAUUUGGGAUACUGCCGGUCAAGAACGCUUUCGUACUUUAACAACCGCCUAUUACAGAGGAGCCAUGGGAAUUCUGUUAAUGUAUGACGUGACGAAUUUGGAAAGUUAUAAUAAUUUAUCAUAUUGGUUAAGAAAUAUUCAAGAGAAUGCAUCACCGGACGUGGUAAAAGUUUUAGCGGGAAACAAAUGUGAAUGCUCAGCCACACAAAGAAUGGUGGACAAGGAACGAGGUGAAAAGAUCGCUGAAAAUUUUGAUAUGCCAUUCUUUGAGGUAUCCUGUAAAAAUAAUAUUAACAUUGAAGAAGCAUUCCUAUCACUAGCAAGAAAAAUACGAGAGCAAAGAGAGAGAAGGGGCGAAAACUUCGAUAACGAUGAUAAACCACAAGAUAAGAAAUCACCUGGCUCAAAUGGUUUAGGCACAUUUAGUUUAGCCAGCCUAUCGGAGGCUAAUCGCUGUGCUUGUUAAAC